CGGGCCUACCACCAUAACAUAUGAUGUACUCCGUACCUUAGGCAUUAUCCCCACACUAGUCCCUAAGUCAGCGCAUUGGCGCUUUUAGGGCAGUGGAAACUAAUUUUCUCGUGACGUGGGUAUGCCGUCCUGCUAACUAGCAAUCGCAGUGGUCAGACCGUCUGACAUCCACACAGGGUUGAACUGAGUUCUCGGCUUCAUCCACUUGGAGCCUUGGAACCCCGAGGCCAUGGAGCCUAGCCUUUCUCAUGAAGGGAAAACCAUGCAUGCAUCGCCAUAAACGGGGGAAUUUUGACGAGAGGAGUCAAAUAUAAAUACCCCAGUCACGUCCCCCCGACAGAAAGAAUUCCAGAAUUGAAAUCCAGGUCGCUACCUAUAGCUACUCCAAGAGACCUGACGAGAUGCAUAUCAAGCCAUUCAUCCUUCCUGCCCUUGCGGCAGUUGCGCAAGCUGCCAGCUAUUCUGGAGACCUUCGGCCUCAAACCCACUUCUCUCCACCUUCCGGUUUCAUGAACGAUCCAAACGGUCUCUUCUAUGAUAGCAAGAGGGGUGUGUAUCACUUAUACUAUCAGUAUAAUCCUACAGCGACAGUUGCUGGGAAUCAGCACUGGGGUCAUGCCACCAGCCCUGAUCUAUACCAUUGGACGAAUCAACCUAUCGCCCUCGCUGGGGAUAAGCCUGAGGAAUAUAUCUUUUCAGGCUCUGCUGUGGUGGACAGCAACAACACCUCGGGAUUCUUUCCCGAUCAGGACGAUGGUGUCAUUGCCAUCUACACAGUAGAUACCCCGACACUGGAAACACAGCACAUUGCUUAUUCUCGCGACGGUGGAUACACUUUCACCAAGUAUGAGAACAACCCGGUCAUCGACAUUGGCUCGAAGCAGUUCCGUGACCCGCAAGUGGUGUGGCAUCCCGAGACCCAGCAAUGGGUGAUGAGUAUUGCCUAUGCGCAGGAUUUGGUCAUUGGAUUUUAUACAUCGCCCAACCUCAGAGACUGGACGCAUGCGUCGAACUUCACUCAGAAGGGGCUGCCGGGCGACCAAUUCGAAUGUCCCAACUUGGUCAAAUUUUCGGUGGAUCGCGCUGUGUCCGAAGAGACUAGCAAGUUCGUGCUUUUUAUUUCUGUGAAUCCUGGCGCUCCUCUGGGGGGUUCGGGAACGUUUUAUGUGGUCGGCGAUUUCAAUGGCACCCAUUUUACCUCUGAAGUUCCCCAGGAGACACUUUUUGAUUUCUCCAAGGAUAAUUACGCGGCUCAGUGGUAUUCUGGUAUUCCUGAGAAUGAGCCUCCAGUCUCCAUCGGAUGGGCUAGCAACUGGGACUACACCAACGAAGUUCCCACUGGCCCGCUCGAAGGCUGGAGGAGCGCCACGACUUUACCUAGAGCACACACCUUAACUAAGGUCAACGGAGCCUGGACUGUGACUCACAGCCCGUUUGAGGGCCUUUCUGCUCUUAAGGGCAGACAGCUUGUGAGCAAGAGCCUCCACUCUGGGGACGUAAAAGCGAACUUCUCUGGGGUCCCAUCGAACGCAGUAUAUUUCGACGUGACGCUAAAGGGCAUCGAUGUUGCCAAGCCUACUGGACGCGUGAACUUUAACUUCACCUCUUCUGCAUCGGGCGAAUUCCUCGACGGAGGGGUGAUCCUGGAUGAUGGUUCCUUCUGGAUCAACAGAGCUGGAACCCAUCUUUUCACGAUCGAAGAUAAUGGAAAUUACACAUCCUCUUCCACAACCACUAUCUCGUCCUUUGGCAACGGCACAUUCAGCUUCUCGGGCGUUAUUGACCGCUCUGUGUUUGAAGUCUUCCUUGGUCAGGACGGGAUCCAAAGUGGAACCAUGACUUUCUUCCCAAGCUCCCCACUCGAUACCUUGGCUGUUUCCGCAGAGGGUCUCAGUGAUCGAGCUAGCGUUAGUGUUAAGGCUUGGGGUCUUCAGAGCGGCUGGAACUCAACGACAGCCAGUAAGAGGUUCCACGCCUGAGUCGGUUGACUCUUAGAGUGUCUCAAUUCGUGAUGCAUGAUUGUAAAGUUAUUGCAUGGAUCCCGUACACCGUAGUGUUAACAAUACUCAAUAUUCCGUACUUUUGGUGGAUAUCCGAUAUGGUCAAUUGAGGGGCACUCUGCAUUAGUUUGGGGUUGCUUCCUGC